UGGCCCUAUUGAAUUGCUCCGCUCCGUGUUUUACGCGCGCUCCCCCUCCUUUCCACUGAACUCCAGCCCCUCACGCUCUCUCUAUCAGCCUCUCAUUCCGUCUCAAUAUGUCUCAAGAUGGCGGCCAAUGCGGGAUCGAUGUUUCAAUAUUGGAAGCGCUUUGAUUUACAACAGCUCCAGAAAGAGCUGGAUGCCACCGCCGCAGCCCUGGCCAAUCGACAGGAUGAGAGCGAGCAGUCCAGGAAAAAGCUCAUCGACCAGAGCCGAGAGUUCAAGAAAAACACUCCAGAGGAUCUACGGAAGCAGAUAGCUCCCCUGCUCAAGGGAUUUCAAGCAGAGAUUGACGCCCUGUGCAAGCGGAGUAAGGAGUCGGAGGCAGCUUUCCUCAACGUCUACAAGAGAUUAAUUGAUGUCCCAGACCCUGUGCCGGCCCUGGAGGUUGUGCAGCAGCUGCAGCUGGAGCCCCAGAAGAUGUUGGACGAGGAGACGCAGAAGCAGGAGGACAUGGAAACACACCAGGAGCAGGAGCAGGAGCAGGAGCAGCCGCAAAACCACGAGCUCACCAUCAAAGCACUUCGAGAGAAGAUAGAGGAGUACGAGAGGUCACUAGCGAGUCGGGAAUCGGAGGAGCGGAAACAGGAACAGAAAGAGGAGAAGAAGGAGGAGGAGGAGGAGGAGGAGGACACCCGGCCCAGCAACUCCACACAGACAGACAGGGAGCUUCCGGAACAGCACGAUGCUCUGGCCGCCAGACUACAGGAGACCGAGCUGAAAACACACACCUUAGAGACAGAACUUGAAACAGCCCGGACAGAGUUGAAGGAGCUGAAGGAAAAGUACAACGAGGAAGAGGCCGAAAAGGCCAGCAGGAUGGAAGCCAUGAUGUCAGACCUAGAGAAAGCCAAUCAGAGAGCGGAAGCAGCAGAGAAGGAAAUGGAGAGCCUGCGAGAGCAGCUGGCCUCCUCCACCACCUCCACCUCCACCAGCAGCAGCAGCAGCAGCAGCAAGACCAGGUCUCCUCACAAGUCAGCACCACACAGUCUAAAGGACGCAGACACACAGACUGAGGACACAGCCAAGGCAGAGGCGGCAUCGUCUGUGGCUCCUGACGCUCCAGUCACGGAGGACGUGUGCAUGCGUGACGCGGAGGACGGCCAGCGACUCCAGGAAACCGACAACGUGUCCAUGCGUGACGCGGAGGAGGAGCACGGUCCCGAGGCGGAGGCAGACGAGUCCAAGCGGGACAACGGAGAGAAGGCGGCGCGGACUCGGAGCCCGGAACACGACGCGUCGGGUGCGCGUGACGGAGAGCUCCCGUAUGACGGGGAGCUUCCGCACCUCAAAGAGGACGCGUCUAGCCGCGACGGGGGCGAUGUUCGGAGGCCGGACCAGGGCGCGGGCUCGGAACGCGACGGGGAGGUCCAGCGCCUGCAGGACGACGUGUGCGCGCGGGACGGAGAGGUGCGGAGGCUGGAGCAGGACGUGUGCGCGCGCGACGGAGAGGUGCGGCGUCUGGAGCAGGACGUGACGCGGCUGCAGGCCAGCCUCGCCCAGCUCAGCCAGAGCUCCAGCACACGCAUCGGCCAGCUGCAGCACCAGCUCAACAGCAAGGACUCCACACUCAAGCACCUGGAGAAGAAGUUGCAGGAGCAGUCUGACUACGAAGAGGUCAAGAAGGAGCUGAGCCUCCUGAAGUCCAUGGAGCUGAGCACAUCGUCGGAGAGGUCCACAGCACAGGAUGGCUAUAAGCCGUUGGAGAUGUUGUUACUGGAGAAGUGUGGUAGUAUGCAGUCGGAUCACCCCCUGCAGCGGUCGACCAACAGCAGCCUGAGCGGCUCCUCAUCUCAUCAUCGCGGUGACAAAGACUCCUCCUCCGGCGACACCCACCAGCGACUUCCUGCCACGCCCAUCCCAAGCCCCUCCCCCCUGCGAAGCCCCCCGCCUCCCCCCUCCUCCCUGCUCCUCCUCCCCCCGCGAUCCUCCUCCGGGAGCAUAGCGAUCCCCAUCUCCUCCUCCAUCUCCUCCUCCAUCACCUCCUCCUCCUCCUCAGACCCCCUCUCCUCCUCCGCCGCCAGCAUCAGUGCCAACGGUGCCCACCCCUUCUCCCCAGCCAGCCUGGCCGCAGCCGCCGACCUGCUGCCCCCCGGCAUGGCGGGGCUGGGCGCGGGUCCCCUGGCACCGCUGGCUGGCAAGGUGGCGCUCAGCUCGCUGCUCCAGCGCCAGCUGAUGCACAGCUUCUACAGCAAGGCCCUGCAGGACUCCUCGCUGCUCUUCCCCGGCGGGGGUGGCACCGGUCACCCGCACCCCCACGGCCACCCGCACCCGCACGCCCACGCCCUCUCCGCCAGCCCGCUGCCCAGCCAGCCGGCCGCCGCCAGCCCUGACGCCGCCAACGGCUCGGCGCCCUCGCCCAGCCGCUCGGAAGGCGCCGGAAGCGCGUCCGAAGGGGAGGACAUGGACACGGCGGAGAUCGCGCGACAGGUGAAGGAGCAGCUGAUCAAGCACAACAUCGGGCAGCGCGUCUUCGGCCACUACGUGCUGGGGCUGUCUCAGGGCUCGGUCAGCGAGAUCCUGGCGCGGCCCAAGCCCUGGAGCAAGCUGACGGUGCGCGGCAAGGAGCCCUUCUACAAGAUGAGGCAGUUCCUGUCCGACGAGCAGAACAUCCUGGCCCUGCGCAGCAUCCAAGGACGCCAGAGAGAGAACCCAGGCCAGAACCUGAACAGGGUCUUUCAGGAGGUUCCGAAGCGAAGAACCGGCUCCGAAGGCUCCUCACGGCCAGGUAACAUCACCACGCGUAUCCGCACCCCUGAGAGUGGCUCGGACGAGGCCAUCCGCUCCAUCCUGGAACAGGCCAAGAGAGAACUGCAGGUCCAGAGAGCAGAUGGUGUGGGAGAGAGCGAGCCACCUCCCGCUUACCCACGGGGCUUUGGAAGCUUCUCCCAAAAAUAUGCCCACAUUCUCAGCCUGGUGGAGUCCUCCCUCCCUGCCACCUCCUGCGGGCCGGCCGAGGCCAUGCGGCACGUCAUGGAGAGCCAGGCGGCCUCUCUCAAGGCCUCGCUGCCCCAGACCGAGCUCUCCCUCCUGGGCCCCAAGCUGCUCGCCUCGCCCCUCUCCUACUCGCCCAUUGCCCUGUCUCUGAAGAAGCACCCGGCCAGCCCGGCACCUCUGGCCGACCCCCCCACCGCCGUGGUGAAGAAGGAAGCCGGAGAGGACACGCCCAUCUCUGACACGCCCCUCCUGCUGGGCGGGGUCUCCUCCUCCUCUUCCUCCUCCGCCUCCUCCGCCCUGUCCGCCUGGAGCAACUCCGGCUGGGGCAGCAUCCAAUCGGAUCGCCGCUGGGGCGGGGCUCUGCUGAUGACUGACGACAUGCUGGGCCAAGACGAGCUGAAAGAGCAGAAGCCUCCUCGCCUGCCUGCUGUGUCCAUGCCUCCCUCCUCCCUGGACCCCUGGAAGGACUGGGGCAUCAGCAGUGGUGGAGGCCUCAGCGUUUCCUCUAGGGACGGAGGUAUAAGGGACGGCGGUAUAAGGGAUGGUGGUGGUGGUGGUGGCGCGGACUCCCCGUACCCCCAGACGUCCCCCCAGAGCAGCCCGCUGCCCUCCUCCUCCCCCUCGCCCCUGCUGGGGCUGGCCAAGCCGGCCAAGGCCCCCGUGCCGCCCCUCACGCCCGAGCAGUACGAGCUCUACCUGCACCAGGACGUGGACACCGUGGAGCUCACCCAGCAGAUCAAGGAGCGCCUGGCCAAGAACGGCAUCUGCCAGCGCAUGUUUGGAGAGAAGGUGCUGGGUCUGUCCCAGGGGAGUGUGAGUGACAUGCUGUCUCGGCCCAAGCCGUGGAGCAAGCUGACCCAGAAGGGGAGGGAGCCCUUCAUCCGCAUGCAGCUGUGGCUCAGCACCGAGCUGGGACAGGGCCUGCUGCAGCUGCAGCCCACCGCGCAAGACAUGAUGACCCCCAAGACCUCGGCCAGCUGCAGCCCCGCCCCCGAGUCUCCGGUCAGUUCGGCGGAGGAGUCGGUGAAGAGCCAGGACCCCGAGCGCAGCAGCACCGGCAGCCUGAGCGCCGCCGUCGCCUCACUCCCCCUCCCUCUCCCUCUCCUCCGAGACGGCUCUGCCCUCCUCCUGGCCUCCUCCUCCUCUACCACCAACACCACCUCCUCCUCCUCAGCCUCCGCCUCCGAGCAAGGGGAUGCAGCUGGGGGCAGCGGCAGUGGUGGGAGUAGUGCCCCUGGUGGUGGUGCUGGAGGUCUGGAGUCCCAGCAGGGCAACAACGCCGGGCUCUCGCUGCCCCUGCCGCUGCCCCUGCCGCUGCCGGGCCCCCCGGGACUCACCAUCCAGGAGAUGGUGGCCAUGUCCCCCGAGCUGGACACCUACGUCAUCACCAAGAAGGUCAAGGAGGUGCUCACUGACAACAACCUCGGCCAGCGUCUGUUUGGAGAGAGCAUCCUGGGCCUGACUCAGGGCUCCGUGUCGGACCUGCUGGCGAGGCCUAAGCCCUGGCACAAGCUGAGCCUGAAGGGGAGGGAGCCCUUCGUACGCAUGCAGCUGUGGCUCAGCGACCCACGCAACGUGGAGAAACUCAUGGACAUGAAACGCAUGGAGAAGAAAGCAUACAUGAAGCGUCGGCACAGCUCGGUGAGCGAGGCGGUGCCCAGUGGCGCUGGUGCCGGGGCCGGGGGUGAUGGUAGCGUCGGCGGCGUGGCGGGUGUGGGGGUUGGGGCCGAGUUUGGGCCCUCCUGCAGCCCCCAGCAGCACCUGAAGAAGCCGCGCGUAGUCCUAGCCCCCGAGGAGAAGGAGGCCCUGAAGAGGGCCUAUCAGCAGAAGCCCUACCCCUCCCCCAAGACCAUCGAGGAGCUGGCCAACCAGCUCAACCUCAAGACCAGCACCGUCAUCAACUGGUUCCACAACUACAGGUCCCGCAUCCGCCGCGAGCUCUUCAUCGAGGAGAUCCAGGCGGCAGCAGGCGAGGGCGGUGCUCGCACGGCCGAGGGAGAGAGCAGCUGCGACGGCACCGAGUCCGACAGCGGCGGCGGCACCGGAGGAGGCGGUGGCAGCAUCGGGGGCGACGGGGAGAGGGGCAGGAGCGUCUCCAACAGCCCCAAGCCCAACCAUCACCACCACCACCCCCAUCACGGUCACCUCCCCCACCACCUGCACCCCUCCCAGGCCCAUCUCGCCGGAGACGACCCGGGCACCAGUGGCGACGGCUCCAAGCAGCCAGGUGGAGCUAUGGAGAGCCUGUUCGGGGCGGCCAUGGGUGGCGGUGGUGGAGCGGGCGGUGCGGUGGCUGGAGCGCCUGCCUCCUCCUCAUCCUCCUCUUCCUCCAGCGCCCCUAAGGACAGCAGCGUGCGGCGCAGGAAGGCAGCCAACCUCAACAACAUCAUACACCGACUGGAGAAGGCUGCCAACCGCGACGAGCUGGGGAACGAGUGGGAGUUCUGAGGUGGAGAGAGAGGGAAAGAAAGAAAGAAAGAGAAAGAGAGCGGAAAAGAAAGAAAGAAAGGAGAGAAAGUAAGAUGUGGUGGAGGAAAAUAUUGCGAAGUUCUCAAGAGGUUCUGCUUAUUUGAUUCUCUUCGGUUCCGUCGUCUCUUGCCCUGACGUGAGACUUUUUUUCGAGGGCAGAGAGCGCGUGAGAGAGAGAGAGAGAGAGAAAAGCUGAAAGACUUAAUUUAGCAUUAUGACUCCCAGUCCUGCAGGUUCCAGGGCUUGGACCAACGGAACUCUUAAAAAACAUGCACAAGGCAUCACUCACUCACUCACCCCCACCAGUCUCUAUGCGUUUAAAACAACAUACCAGAGACACAGAAGAAAAAGAACAACAACCCUCUUGAUGACACAUAGUGUUUGCCUUUUUCUAGAGAAAAUGAGGAGGCAUGUCAUCCUUUACUUGUAAUGUCUCCUGUCUGCGUGAGUGUGUGAGCGAGUGUAUAUACAGUAUACACGUGUUUCUUUGUCAAAGGGGGACGUUCUAAAAUAGUCUGAUAAGAAAUAGCCAAACGUCUGAAAAAUUCAAGAAAAAUAAGAAAAAAAAAUAAGUGAAGACAUUCUCCUCCACAAAAAAGCCUUCCCAUCACUUCCCACCUCAUGCCAUGUAUUGGCUAUGCAAGUUUCACAACAAUUAUUUUACGGUUCGAAAUUUUUAUGAUUAGAUCAUUUUCAUCAAAGAGCGAAAAAAAAAAGAAUUAUUUUCUAGCAGAGUUUUGCCAGUAAGAGAUUGCAGUCUGUUGACUCUAAACGACUACACUGCUUCGGAAUUCUAAAUGCAUAGGGUGGCCAGUGAUUCUUAGAACUAAAUGACAAACUUUUUUGAAAAGAUAAACAAAAAAAAACAACGUAGUUAAAAACUCACUUUAAAAAAAUCUCACACUUUAAAAAAAAAGAAGUUCAACAGGACAAUGCAAUAGACAGGAAUCCUGUUGUAGCUGGGUAGUGUUUUUUUUCUUCUUCAUACGGCAUGUAGACUACUCUGAGGUGUAGAGUCUUUGUUAUUUUCAUAGCUUUAAUGGACUCAGAGAACCCAGAAAGACUGUUUCAUACACUCCAUCCUUAGGCCAAAAUCAGGAAAAAUGUUAUUGAGGAAAAAAAAACACAAUGGUUUGUACAGUUUGUUGAGGAAUUGUUCCUGUUUUAGAUAUUUUUCAAAGAGAGAAAGAGUGUGACGAGCAAGAGCAUACGCGUCUUGACCUCACCAAGAGACCACACAUCAGACACCUCAACUAGGGCAGGCAGUUAUUGGAUGCACCCUAUAUACACACACACACACACACACACAUGAACACACACACACACACACACAUGUAUUGUUUCAUUGAGAAGCUCCAAGCUCACCUGUUCCGUCAGCACUUAGCAAUACCCAGUGUCUCCAUGUUGCCAAAGGUUUGGACUACCGUUGUUACAAAGCUCCAGCAUGUACAAAACUUAAUCAAAAUGGUCCUGAACUGCUCAAGUAGAUUUCUUGUUGUCUUCGUUCUUUGCACAGGCUGAGAUGUUUUUGAAGUUCUUGUCCCAAUUGAAAAAAAAAACCCCAACAAAACAAAGAAAGAAAUUAGGGCCCGCGACUCAAAGGGAGAUAAAAGGGGUUUUUUUCUGUCAGGCAGCUGGAAGACCGCCCUCCUCACAAAACGCCUGGGUCCUUCCAUGCUCUGCUGUCCUGUAUGCAUUGUUACCAGUGCUGGCUCAAGGACUGGACAUUUCUUUGGUGAGCAGGUGGCUGGGUGGGUGGUGGACCCACAAUUUCUUUUUUUUUAAAGUAGAAACUAAGGACUCCUGUGCUGUCGAUAAGAACCACACAAUGUUCCUGAUUCCGUCGUCUUCUCCCCAAGUGUAAGGACUUAGAUAGACGUAUGUCAGUAAGGAAAGGGGAGCAAUGUAGCCAGUGGACUUGGUGAUAAAAAUGAACAGCGAGCAUUAAAACACGCUUCCUGGAUGCCCUAGAGUCGGGAGCAGGGGGCAAUAGAACACAAGGUCACCAUGACGAGCUCAGAGGUCAACGGAGCAGAAGUUACAAGCGUCGCCACGGUAACGCUAAAACAAAACCCAUCAAAGAGCCCAACCAAACAAUCCUACCACCACCACCACCACCUCUACCACCGUCACCAGUCCCCACAGAGUCUGCCUGCCCACUGCCUCUCCUAUGUGUGUGUGUGUGGGUGUGUGUGUUGGGGGGUGGGGUGGGUGGGUUGUUCAACGUAUAUAUUUUCUAGGUCUGUGUGGUUUCUACUUGUAUAUAUGUGCACACAUAUCGAGUGCGUAACUGCCACCCUUGUCUGUGUAAGCUCCUUUAGAAGCUACAUGACUUCGUACACAUUUAGGUUACAUUCAUUUUAUCAUAUAAGAGACUCACAAUAGUUAACCCCUUUGUUUCUUUUAUUGUUUAUUUUUUUGAGUGUUUUAUCGAUUAUUAUUAUUUUUGUCUAUUUAUAGAUGCUGUAUUUUACAUAUUAAUGUCUUAUUCUGAUUUUAAGUUUUGUUAUUUUUAUUUUAUGGAAGGGACUAUGUGUGGUCAGGUUACACUUUUUAAAAAAAGACUGCAGGCAGUAUAUGGCUUAUACUUGUGAUCCAUGUCUGUUUUUUGAAUUCAAAUAAUAAUAAUUAUAUGGAUAGUGUCAUGUAUAUUCUAUUUUAAAAAAAACAAUUGAGCUGGAUGAGUUAACACAGUGUUCAGUGUUGAUACAGUACAUAUUAUCAUCGUUAGGUGUGUGUGCAUUUAUUACUUUGUAACUCCUCCCUUUUUUGUCAUUUAAAACUUCGGUCUUUAUUUGCUUUCAUGUUUUUUUUAAAUUUUAUUUAGAAAUAUUUGUGUCAGUCUUUCGGUAGAAGUGUACCUAGUAUACCACGAGAGCCAUGCUGUAGGCUGUGAGCCUGCUCAUGCAGCUGAUGGCUUAGACUAGACGAUGUUGCUCCUUGCGCGUACGUUAGCAUAGAGCUGACGAACAAGGAUGCGAGAGGAGCGAGUUCAGUGGGUCCUAGACCGGGGGAGUUUCAGACAACUCUGCAAACCCCACAUCACCCCUACAGCUUAUCCAGCUCCAGUAGCUUUGGCGUUAGCAUAGCGCUGAGGAUCAAGGAUGCGAUGCGCGUUGGUCUAUGGAGUCCCAGGCUAGGAGACUCGGCCGAGCUUUAGAUAGCUAAAUGGAGCCCGAGUUACCUCUACUGCUCAUCCAGCUGCAUCAUCUUUGGCUCUUUGAUGUCGAUUUGAUUUAACUCGAUUAACUCGUCAACGUUGUUAUUGAGAAUUUAAGUCCUUCCUUAAUGGUCUGCAGGCCAUGUGUCCCAACCAUGUUCUUUUUAUUUCUGUAUCAUUUUUUUGAUCUGUUGAGAGGAUCGUUGCCCGAUACUGGUGCUGACUUUGAUUAUUAUUAUUAUUAUUAUUAUUGUCGUUAUUAUUAUUAUUAUUAUUUGCUGUUUUGGCUGCUUUCGUGAGGAAGACGAAAGAAGCUGUGAGUGUCUUUUAAGCACUAGCUGAUCACAAGACUAAUGCGUACCAUGCCAAUUACAAGCUCAAACGCAAUACACUAGUAACAAGCACUUAAGGGGUUACUGAACGUUUUUGUUUCUUAUCACUUAGAGCUGACUACAUCGGUUGAUGCUUUGAAUUUAACAACUCAUUGUUAAUUUGAAAAGUCAUUCUCUGUCUCUAUUUUUAUUUAACCUUCAAUGUUAUUAAAUAUAUUCUACAUGAUUAUGUGAUAAUUAUGUAGUGGUACACAGAAUUGCAUAAGAAUGCAAAUAUGAAGUACAAUACUGAUGUGAGUUUAAAAAUGUUAACACGUCCCAAUAUGUUGCCUUAACACCUGGAGAAUUCAAUAUGAAGCACAGAAGUCCCCAACUGAAACACUUAAAUAGCUCCAAUCUCCUGUUUUAAACUGAUGCUAUUGUCCCACAAUAGUGCAUGUAUAUGAAAAUAGAACAACCACAAGAAAAAGAAAAAAGGAAUUCCCUGUUGGCAAACAUACAGCUUUACAUUUUUUCUUCAUGAGCUGUAUUUUUUUUUUUCUUCUGAGGACUGCUUUGAGUGAACGUUGUGAAAUAUUUGGCCCAUGAAAAAAAGGCAUUGUGCUUAGUAUCGCAAACAGCCAUUGAAGGAUGUGUUUGAGACUCACUCGAAGAUGCCUUACACAUUUUGUUGUCCAGCCCCCCUCCCCCCAAACUGCAUGGUUGAAAACCUAAGUCUUCCACCUGGCCAAGCCAGGCAUUGUACAGUGCACAGCACACACCCCAAGCCCCCAUGCCUUCUCACCAGUGCAACAUUUUUGACAACUCAAACGCUACUGAAAAAAAGGCAUACACAACUCUAAAAGCACAGAGAUCUCAAAACACAACAGCUAAGCUUUUUUUGUGUGCUUCAAUUUUAGCCUUACACUAGAUUAAAAACAAAACAAAAAUAAACACAAAACUAUGGAAGCAGUUGUGACUGAGGGCUCCAUUUUAUGGAUCUGUAAGAGCAUUUUUUUAUACAGCCCAAAUGACUGUUACCAGAGGAAUUUGAUGUUAACUUAGCACUACUGUAAAGUUUCUUUAUUUCACUCCAAAAAGCAUAGAGUUGGUUGUUGGAUCCGUACACCAAGGGAGGGAGGGUGUAUAGGCCCAACUUGCAACAGCAUACCUCUAAAACUCCUGUAGAAGUGACUAGUUCUAUCUGUUGCCGUCAAGUGAGAGCGAGGUUUGAGCUUUGAUGAAGCUGAGAAAUUGUGAGAGCUGAGAUUCCUUGAUUGUUUCUAUCUCAUGUCCAUGUUUGUGUUACAACAAAAGUUACAACAAAUUGAGGGCUUUCCUUCGAGAGUUAAAAUUACAGUGACUGGUGAAGACCGAUUCAGAAGGGGACUCCUUUAGUCCCCGAUACUCCUCUGUCAUCUCUAAAUAGAUUGGUUGUUAUAGUAUAGCAGUUGGGUACAUGAUACUUUUCUAUGCGGCCCUUGCUGAAGUGGUUGUACACAUGUAAAACCAGCUUAUAUGAAACUGCUCUUAAAUUUUGCCCAAAAAAAGUGGUAAAGAAAAACCGCCUUGUGGCUUAAUUGAUUUAAAUUGUUUUUAAAUUCUCAUGAGGAACAAGAGUAGUUUUUAGAAGACAGGCCUCUCCUACUUCCUACCCAUGUCAUACAGCAUCUCAUAUUGACCUUUGACCUCUUGUGCCCAAUUCUACUCAGCAUGUUCACGGUUCUCAUCGUCAUUCACAUUCUCACUCUGUUUUUCUCAGUUUGUAUCAAGCAAAACAGCCAUAGGUCCCUCCUUCUCACUGUCCCCGUGUCACAUGGCUUAAUAAUGUGGUUGGUUGGGUGAAACCCCACUGCAUAGUGGCUGUACGUGUGUGUAUGCGUGCGAUGGCUCUGAUUCACCUUGGGCCGCUAGACUGGUACAGAACACACAGUGCACACUAGAAUACUCCACCCCAUCGCUCCCAAUCCAUACUGACAUCUCUCUUCAUUUUACUUUCAUCAUAUUGUUCAAUUGUUUUGUUUCUGUUUCUUGUUUUGAUGCAGGAUGUUAGCGUUUUCAUGUAAUGACAUAAUUGAAGUAUGUUGGUGCCAGUCUUGCCAGUUGUUGUAUUUCAAAAGCUCUGUUCAUCAGCCCAUCUUGUUCAAUCAUAUUAUUUUUCAUUAUUUCUCUGGUUUCAUCUUGUGCUCUCUCUCUUGUUUUUGAUUGUUGUCUUUUGAUCUGUGUUGCCUCAGCUGAUCAUCCUGUAGAUGCAUUGCACUAAUGAGUAAUGAGCUGGGAGGCAUUGGCAUUGGAUUAGCAAAGCCCCAAACCAACACUGGUUCACAAGGAGAGUGGACGGCAUCCAUUUUGUUUUGUUUUUGUUUUCUGUGCAGGAUUUUCAGUUGCUUGCCUCAAGCUCUGUUACGUGUUUGUCCUUUUCAAAGCUAGAAACAUGAACACAAUGUCCAGUCCUCUCACUUGUUCAGGUAGACCAUGUACAAAUAUUUGCAAAACCAAUGUCUUUCAUUUUGGUCAAAUUUCAGGGGAUUUAUCCUUUGCAAAUAUUUUUCUAUAGAACUAAAGUAGAUUUCUAUAGAUACUAUGGAGGAUUUCGUAUUAAAUUGUACAGAAAAAAAUACUAUAACCUUGUAUCCUUUCUUAACAUCAGUAAACACCAGUAAAACAUUAUCUCUCUUUUUUUUGUUAUAAAUGUAAGUAGUGGUAGAUUUUAUAGUGAAUUUUGUCCAUAUGAAGACCUUAAAGACCUCACUUUCCUUAACUCUGAAAAGUUUGAACUCACAAGACAUGAUUUGAAUAUGCAGUUUGGUAGACAGCUUUCACUGUAUGAACUGACCCUCUCCCAGUCAUGAACAUCUCCUCACCAUUUGCCAGCACUUAGCAUCUCUCCACAACAGAUUUCAUGUAAUUCCUUAUUCAACAUUAACUCAUUGGGACACUGUUGUAGACUGUUAAAUUUUUUUGGUUUGUUUUUAUUUUUUAAAACAAAUAAUGUGCGGGUGUGAGAUUAUCCAAAAUGUGGAGGCUGAACACUUGAACAUACAAAAAAAUAAUCUGUCCUUUCUUUGUGUUUGUGUACGUGAUAACCUGUAGCCAAACACCAUAGAUGAUGUAAACAUUACAAUGAAUGGGCUGUGGUGGUCUCUCCUUCAGUCUGUAUUGCGCCAUCUGUUGAUUCACUUUGUCACUACACUGAUAGCGUCUUUUCCAUUACGGAAUCUCAGUCUGAGGCAUUUCAUUGGAGCAGGGGGAUGAAAUGUUUUAUACGAAGAGGAGGGUAAAUAAUGUUUUGUUUAUGGAUAUGUUAUGAAAUGUUCAGAGAUCAUCCUCCAACACAGGAUAUAUUAGUCAAAGCACACUGAAUAGCAGUAUAUAUUAUUUUCACAGAAAAAAAGAAGACAUGAAUAAUUUCUUUAUAUGUCGUAAAUAAAUUGGAGGUGUGUGUGGUGGAAUGGACAGCAAAUGUUUUCUACCAAAUGUCUCUUCCCGACACCACUUUAGAGGGACGUCUGUACCAAACAUUAAACGCAGCUGAAACCAUUACUCGAUGAAUAAUCAAAUUAAUUUGUGCCAUAUAUAUCUGAUUUUUUUUGUGUGAUACCAGAAACUGAAUAUAUUAUCAUUUAUCAAUCCAGUCAACCAAAAAUGACUUUUGUCAACAAAAUGAGAAAAAAAUAAAGAAACAGUACAGCGGUACAUAGUGGUAAAGAUUGUGUCAAAGAGUUGCAUGGUCUGGCACCCCUCUUGGUCGAUAUUCCACGGGGGGGUAUGAACGAAAUGGGGCUUAGCAAAGUGUAUUUCUUGGAAAAAAUGGAAAAAUCAAAAGGAAUCAGCUUAGGGGGAUCUGCUUGUAUGUACAUCAUGUGCAAAUGUUGUGUGGCCCUUUAAGGGCAGCACUUGUUUUGUUUUUUUGUUUUGUUUUGUUUGUUUAUUUGUCUUGCCCCCCCCCCCCUUUUGUUCCUCUAACUUGGCUGGUCCUGUUGUUUCUAUAAGCUCAGGUGGAUACUCCUUUUAUCCUGUUGGUCUUAGUGCUCUCUCCCUCCAGUGGGCUGCCCUCCGCAGCUGUCUGCUGUUUUUCUACACCGAAAAAAGAUAUAUAAAUAAUUCUAUAUAUAAAUAUAUAUAUAGAUAGGUUUUAAAAGCUGCGGGAUGUUAGUAUUGAUUCAUCCUUAACGUGAAAUACAAAAAGAAAAAAAAUGCCAUUUAAGUUCUUUUUUUUGGGAUUGAUCUCAUUUGUUUUGUUCAUUUGUUUGUUUUCAUGUAAUCACCUAGCCUGUUCUCAGCACUGUACAAUGGUCCCUGUCUGAUACAGAAAAGCAAUAUCACUGUACGAUACUCACUAUGUAUUUCUGUUGUUGUUGUUAUUACUAUUCACUAGCACCCUAGGUGUGAUAAUUGAAGUAAAUAUCUUUUAUACAAACACAAGGAUUGUGUGGCA